AGUCUAUAUAUAUCCUCUUCAAUUUACUACUCUCCUCAUCUCAUCCAACUCUAACGAGAACUCUCUUCAAUCCUCACAAGAAAUCUUCCCUUUCUCUUCUCUUCCAUCUCCCUUCAUCCUUGAGAUUCCAACUUACACAAAUGGUGAGACCAGAAGCUGCUCUAAUUUGUCUCUUGAUCUUGGCCAUGGAUGUCAGUGCGGGAAUACUGGGAAUCCAAGCUGAAGUUGCUCAGAACAAGGAGAAAUAUGUGAGGCUGUGGAUUUUUGAGUGCAGAAACCCAAGCCAUCAAGCUUUCAAGCUGGGACUGGCUGCAGCAUCCCUUCUGGCUUUAGCGCAUGUUAUUGCUAACUUGGUUGGUGGGUGCAUGUGCAUUUGUUCCAAAGACGAGUUGGAAAGAUCUUCGACCAAUAAACAGUUAGCAGUGGUUUGCCUCAUUCUAUCAUGGAUCGUACUAGCAGUUGGAUUCUCGAUGCUGAUAAUAGGAACAAUGACAAACUCAAAAUCAAGAGGAUCUUGCGGGAUAUCACACCAUCAUUUUCUAUCAAUCGGAGGGAUUUUGUGCUUCGUCCACGGGCUAUUUUGCGUUGCGUACUAUGUUUCCGUUAUCUCAGCCGUGAGGGAGGAAGAAGGAAAAGAUCGGACUUCCACCACCAGAGACGCACAGAUGGCCUCAAGGGGACAGCAUGUAUGAGUGUAUCACUCAGCUAGUCAGCUGUAGUCUGUCUGUAGGUGUUUUUCUUCCCAUAUUCCACAUCUUAAAUGCAGAGUGCAAACAACGGGUCUAGCUUGACAAGAUUAUCUUUACAAAUUACAAAAUACAACAAUUUGUGUAUGAAUUAUGCAACACCCCAGACCCAGAGGCACAAUUUGUUUAUGUAAUUUUGGUUCUGUUUUCUUA